AUGUCACUUGGAUUGCUUGGCAGGCUACAUGGCUUUUAUGUGGAGGAGACUGAGAAAGUGGAGGGAAUAAGAGAAGUUUUUGAAAGACUUUUUUCUUGCAAGCCACGAGAUUCAGAAGUGGAAUUUAUAAAAUCAUUUGACGAGGUUGGAUUUCUAAGCACAAAAGUGCUGAUUCCGGUUAUUUUCGAUGGAGAUAGGGUUGUUGAGUCGUCGGUACUAGAUAUCAGGACAUGGAUGCUAGGGAAGUAUGCUGUGGAAGUUGUUAGAUCACUUUCAUGGUUAGUAUGGGAUUUGAUGGUAUGGAUGUAUGUGCCUCAGAAUCAGGCUUCUGUCGGAAUAUACAAGCUAGAGGGAGGUCUGCAAUGA